AUGGCAUCCAUUAAUAUUUUUCUUAUGCUUGUUAUCGUCACUAAGAUUCACUCGUUUGUAUUGAGGUAUGAUGAAGAUCCGCUAUCUCAUAAUGGAAAAUCUCAAUCACCCAUUUUUAUCGAUCUCUCUCAAGCCAAGUAUGUUGCAUAUCCAUCAUUUGUCUUUUCUGCUGGUUAUCAUCAACCCACGUCGUUUCGAGUAUUCUAUCAUAAUAGUGGAACAAUUUCGAUUAAGCCAAUUCUCGUCGAUUCGACAACAUUAGUAGUUAGUGGUGGUUGUUUGUCAGGUAUAUUUACAUUUCAAAGCGCUCAUCUUCAUUGGCCAAAGUCAGAGCAUAGAUUCAAUAACAAGAAAUAUGUAGCCGAAGCUCAUUUUAUUCAUAAAAACUUAGAUACAAAUGAGACAGCUGUUUUCGCUUAUUUUUUUACUUUAGUCAAUUCUCAGUCACAACAGAAUGAUGACAAGAUAAAUAGUUGGAACUUUGUUAUACAAAGAUUUACUAAUAAUACUAAUAUGGCAAUUGCUGGUGGGUUGUCAUCAUUUAUGAAAGGAAACAAAGAUCAAUUCAUUCACUAUAUAGGCAGUUUGACAACAAAACCUUUUACUGAAGGUAUCAUUUGGAUACUUGUGCCAAGUGCAAUGGAAUUAAGCGAUAGUUCGCUCAAUCUUCUUCGCACAAAUAUCAUUGCAAGCAACUAUCGAUUGAUUCAACCUCUCAAUGAUCGUCCAGUUUACCGUAGCUUUCCUUCAACUUCAUAG